AAUCAGAUUGCGCAUACAUCUGCUUGUUACCGUGAGUUCACAUUUCGCGCGCCUUAAAACGAAGAGAAUUUAUAUUAAAGUGAUGUUUUUUCAAUAAAAAGGGUGAUAUUUAUUUGAAUAAAGUAAUCUAGAAUAAAGUUUAUACAAUAUAAUCAAAAUGAAGCUUGUAGAUAAUGUCAUACAAAGUUUUUGUGUAGCAAAAGUGUUCAAGGAAAAUACUUUAAGUAUCAACAGCAUGGACUUCUCGUCGAAUGGCGAAACACUUAUUUCAAGCAGCGACGACGAUUCCAUUGUUAUAUAUGAUUGCGAGAAAGGAACAUAUAAGAAGACACUAAACAGUAAAAAGUAUGGAGUGGAUCUUAUUCGAUACACACAUGCUGCCAACACAGCAGUACACAGCUCCACUAAGGUUGAUGACACCAUUCGUUACCUUUCCCUUCAUGAUAACAAGUAUCUUAGAUAUUUUCCAGGUCAUACCAAAAAGGUAGUUACACUCUGUAUGUCACCAGUGGAUGAUACGUUUCUCUCAGGAUCUCAGGACAGGUCUGUUCGUUUAUGGGAUUUGCGCUCUCCGAAUUGCCAGGGUUUGAUGCAUCUAUCAGGACAACCAGUAGCAAACUUUGAUCCUGAAGGCCUUAUAUUUGCUGUUGGUGUAACUGGUGAAGGUGUGAAACUUUAUGACUUAAGGUCAUUUGAUAAGGGUCCUUUUACAACAUUCAAAGUACCUCACAAUAAGGAUUGCGAGUGGACUGGGCUAAAGUUUAGUCCAGAUGGUAAAUCUCUUCUUAUCUCUACUAAUGGUCAAGCCCUUCACCUAAUAGAUGCCUUUCAUGGAACAUCACUGCAUACUUUUAAAGGACACAUGAACACAAAAGGAAUGUCUAUAGAAGCUUCCUUUAGUCCAGAUUCUCAAUUUGUUUUCACUGGGUCAACGGAUGGCAAAAUUCACGUUUGGAGUGCUGAGACAGGAGCAAAAACAGCUGUUCUUACAAGUGAUCAGGCUGGCCCUGUACAGUGUGUUCAGUUCAGUCCUAAGUAUAUGAUGCUGGCUUCUGCUUCUACUAAUAUGGCUUUCUGGUUGCCAACAGUUGAAGAAGGAUUGUGAAAGUAGUACUUGGCCAGUUACUACUACAUUUAAGAUAACGUUGCUACACUAGAAAGUAUGCAGUUUGAGAAGAAUGUAUAGACUGGGAUAAUAGUUGCUGUUUCUUGAAGGUUUUUACACUUCAGUUUCAUAGGUACCGUGCACCUUCUCUGAAACACAGCCAAAGUUCUCAAGGGUUUUAAAUUAUCAUUUUCAUCUUGUGGCUUGUUUGGAUACUGACCAUAGAAUGAGGAACUUCAUAUUUGAAGUGAACAUUACAAAUAAACAUUUUUUUAUAUCUAAUGGAUCAACAGAGACAUUGUUUAUAUGGACAUAUGCAUGCGAAGGACUUUAUGAUUUAAGUUUGAAUGUACAUUAGUGGGGGCCAUUUUACAGUGGUGAAGUUUUCUUUAUUCCAGUGUGUGUUCAGAAACAUUUUGAUUUUAUUGCAGCACGUGAAAAGAUAAAUGUACAAGCUGUGUUUAAAUGAAAUAUUUUAUUGUGCUUUCAAUAAAAUUCAUGAUUUUUUUA